AUGAUUUUUCGAUGUUGUUAUCGUAUUUGGUGGUGGUCAUCAUCUGUUCAUUAUUUGCAUUAUUUUCGUUGUCCUCAACAUUUAUUUAAUCUUCAACGUCAAGUUCGUCAAGCAAAGUUACUUGUUGCUGCUCGUCUCGGUGAAUAUGUCAUUAUCGAUUGUUCAUUUGCUAAUGAAUACAAUGAUAAUGACAUUACAUUUGGAAAUUAUUAUGAAAGACUUCAAUUAAAAAUUCAUUCAUGUUUUACUCUACUUCAUCGAUAUCAUUCACCAUCAUUUAUUAUUUUAUGUAAUUUAUUUUCGAAUAAUAACGAUAAAUGGCUACGAAAUAGUCCUUAUUGUCAUGCAACAUCACUUUCAUAUCUUGAUUUAUUUCCUAGAGAACAACUUGUUUAUUUAUCACCUGAUUCACCAAAUAUAAUGCGUGAAUAUGAACAUAAUGUUAUUUAUAUACUUGGUGGAAUAUUUCAAAAAACAAAACAUGAACGAAUUACUUUAGAAAAAGCUAAACAUGAACAUAUUCGACAUCAAUCAUUACCGCUUCAAAAAUAUCUUAGAUUUUCACCAAGUUCAAAUACUGUUUUGUCAGUUAAUCAAGUAUAUAAUAUAUUAAUGACACUUAAACACAGUAAUAACAAUUGGUUGGAAGCAUUAAAAUGCAUUCCUGAACGUUGUCUUGUCAGAUAG